CCACAUGUUAACCUGCGCACGCAUGUUUGUUUAAGUACAAAUUGGCUAAAAUAAAAAAAAAAUGGUUGAAAUGAAUCUGAACAAUGUAAAAGAUUCUCUCUUGAAGGACAUUGAAGGCACCUUAAGGCAGAUUCUAACAUCCCUUAACCAUGGAAGUAAUAACAUUAAUAAGGACGGAAUGAGAAAAAAAGAUCUUGUGAAUAAACUAAUUUCUCAGGUGAUCGCUGUUUCGGGGGAUUCCACAACCGAUCGCGAAAAAAUCGUCAGAGUGCUUUGCGCUAUAAUGAGAUGUGCCCUACUUUUUCGAUGGUCAAAAUUAAUUUUUCUGUGUCAAUUAUGUUUCAUUUUACUGGAUUUGUCCGCAAGCAGCGAGGACAAAAAGCUGGCAAUGCAAAUACAGAAAGUAAUACGAUCAAUUGUUCGUAAAAAUUUGAGUAAAUUGUAAUAACAAAUGUUAAAAGAAUAAACGAAUCUUAAAAUUGGUUACACUGUUUUUUUGUUAUACUGCCAAAUAAAAAUACCAAAAAGCAGUCUGGCAACCUCCCAGCUAUCAGCUGUUACCACUUGCGAAUUUUCGUUUUGUUGUUUGGUUUCUGUUUGGUUAUUUGUGUUUACUUUUUUAUGUUUCAUUGCAAUUAAUUUGUCAUGAGCAACGACUGGCCGGGCGACGACGAUGAACUCGACUCGGCACUAAAUGACGAAGCGCUCGAGGAAUUGUUAAACACGGCGUCCAGCCAGUUGCAACAACAACAACAACAGUCAAAGAAUAAGGAAUCGGAGUACGAUGGAUUUAAUGAGAGUGCUGGGCAUAAUUGGUUGUAUCCGAACAAUUUGCCGCUGCGUUCGUAUCAGCACAGUAUUGUGCAGGCGUCCCUCUUUCGGAACACACUGGUUGUGCUGCCGACGGGAUUGGGCAAGACAUUUAUUGCGUCGGUUGUGAUGUACAAUCUGCAUCGAUGGUAUCCAGAUGGAAAACUGAUAUUUAUGGCACCGACACGUCCAUUAGUCUCCCAACAGAUUACCGCCUGUCAGAAGAUCAUGCCCUUCCCGCCCGAGGAUACAGUGGAGCUGACAGGUCGACUACCGCGUGCCAAACGCGCCGAAUUGUGGAUGAGCAAGCGAGUCUUCUUUGCCACACCACAAGUGGUUCAAUCGGAUAUGAUGGACACCGGGGAUGGAAUGCAGUUCCCAUUCAAUGCCAUUAAGCUGCUGGUAGUCGAUGAGGCGCACAGGGCCAAGGGACGCUAUGCAUACACACAGGUAACUGAAUCCAUCAUGGCAAGAAAUCGCAAUUUUCGAAUGCUCGCCUUGUCCGCAACUCCUGGACGGACCAUGGAUGAUGUGGCCAAUGUGUGUCGCAAUCUGUACAUCUCGCAUCUGGAGGUGCGCUGGGAUCAAUCGAUCGAUGUCCAGCCAUACAUUCAUCAGCGUACUUUGCGCACAAUUGUCGUGCCGCUCAAGGAUGCGAUCAAGGAGCCCCGAGCUCGUUUGCACCAGAUCAUUGAUCCCUAUCUGCGCCAGCUCAUUGCGGCCGAUGUGCUGAAGGGGGCACGAGGCAACAUCACUAGAAACAAUUUGCUGUUCGAUCAGAGCCGCUUCCAGGAACAGGCCAACCAUGGACCACGUCAUCCGGAGCACAGUCUCAUUGCCAGCAACUUCUCCAUGUGCAUUAGCCUGUACCAUUCCCUGGAAUUGCUGGAGCGUCAUGGAUUUCGCGUAUUUGUCAAUAGUUUCGAUGCAGACGAUCGAGGACGCGACAAGUUUGUGCUACGUGAUGCCGCCCUGAGAGAUCUUGUGGAGCAAACGCGUCAGCAGCUGGGCGCCAAUCCCCUGGACAUCUCGACCCGUCCCAUGACCAACGGCGAAGUGGCGCCAAUGCCCGCUCAACUGGACUUUGGACAUCCUAAAUACGAGCAGGCGCGUCAGGUGAUGCACCAACAUUUCGAGUUGCAUCCCGAUUCGCGGGCCAUUGUGUUUUGCGAGUACCGUGAGUCCGUAAUGCUGAUUCAACGUUUACUCCUGCAGCACAGACCGGUGGUGCGUCCACGUUGCUUUGUGGGUCAGAGUAGCAGUGGCAACGGCAUUUGUAACCUUACCCAAAAGGAGCAGCUGCAGAUAAUGUCGGACUUUCGCAAUGGUGUUAGCAAUGUCCUCGUGGCCACCUCCAUUGGUGAGGAGGGACUGGAUGUGGGUGAGGUGGAUCUUAUUGUCUGCUUUGAUAUAUGCAGUUCGAAUCCAACGCGCUUUGUGCAGCGCAUUGGACGUACAGGACGACAAAGGCGUGGCCAGGUGGUCAUGCUGGUCACCGAGGGACGGGAGCAACAGUUGCUCAAGGAAGUGCUGGCCAACAGGGAUCAAACGAAUCGCAAGCUGUUGCAAUCGACGGUGGUCAAAAGAUCCCUCUAUGAAUAUGCACCGCGUCUGGUGCCGCCGCAGUUUAAUCCCAAAUGUGAGCAGCGAUUUAUGGAACCACCGCCAAUAGCAGCAACCACAUCUAAGACACCCUCACCCAAAUGCAAGGCACGCAAACCAGCCAAAGAGUCAGCGGUCAAGUGUCACGAUCUGCGCAAGUUCUUCAAACAAGGCCAGGAUAAAUUCUUGCAAGGAGAAGCGGAUUAUCAAAUAAGCGAAAAGUCGCAGCAAAUGCUGCAAAAACAGAUGGAAAGUCACAGAGUUAAUGUGAAGAACUUUCUAAUUGACACACAGACAUCGACUGGCACCACUAACAACACUAGCACCACCAACACCACUGGCAUCGCAAGAACCACGAGCACCACGAGCACCGUCAGCUGCAGUCAGGAGGAGACACUGCGUCUGCGGAAGCUAACACGUCUGCUGCAGGCGAAUAAACCUUUAGUUAGUGACGCACAGCGGAGCCAGGAUCUUGUGGCACAGCUGCAGGACAAACAGUUGCCACAUUCCCUCAAAUUAUACUUGCUAAAAUCGAAUGCAAUGUUUGUGCGUGACGUUCGCGAGAAGAUGCAACAACAAGUGGCACUGCAGCUGCCGGAGGCGCGACUCAAUUCAAGGCAGCAACGCACACGACGCAUCCACGAGCUGGUGGAGAAUCUGUGCAACGGUCAAAUGGACCAACUGCUGCAACCAUUGUCCUCUGGUGCGGAGCUAACGUUGAAGGAUUUGCAACAGCCGUUGGAUGUGCGGCGACAGCAACACUUUGAGGCAGCCUGCUCGGAUAUCUUUAAGGAUCUGCAUGAGCAGGGAGUAUGUGCGGAUAAUCAUGAGCUGGUGCAGCAGCAAUUGGAGCAGCUGGAACUGCGACGUUUGGAGCAGACAAUGAAGGAGCUGGAGGAGCUGGGCAAUGAAACAUCCUGCAAUUAUGAUCAAUGGGAGGAGGAAGAAGUGGAGGAGGAGCAGACAGGGGAGACAAGUCAAUGGCAGGAAUUUGCACACAGUUCAACGCCAGUUCGCAUCAAGCAGCCGGAGCAGCAGCAACUCAAUGACAGCUCCAUUGUGAACUCCAGUCAGCUCAGCGCCAAUUUAAGUCGUCUAAAUUGCGUCAUGAGCGCGGCGAGCACUCCAUUUAAUCAAAAGCUUAAAACACUGCCCAGAAAUUCUCUGUUGGAUGCACUCGAUGAGAAUCUCUCAGACUUUGAUCAGCUGGCAGAACAGGAAGAGCCACCUAAAGCGGAUAUAGCAGUACAGGAAACGGAUGUCAUGAUCACGCCCGAUGCCCUCGACAUAGAUCUCAAUGAUUUCUUGGAACCACUGCCGGAGGAGGAACAGCUGCUACUGCAGACCCAGAAAUCAAAAGAGAAUCAAACACCUGCAAUGGAAAUUCCAAUUCUUGCAAGUCCGGAACGCAACAAUUCGCCGGAUCUGUUUGCCGAAGAGUCCAUGUCUCCCUGGAGACCGACAACCGUUGCCGUGCCCGUCAAGAGUCUAGCUGCCAAGUUGGCAGCAAAAACAAACAAACUUGAAGCAGCUUUACAGUCACCGGAACAAAGACCACGCAUCACGCCAGUUUCAGCGGAAAAGUCUCCAAGUAUAUUUGAGAAUUACUUACAGCGCAUGCGUGGACGUGGUCAGCUUUCUAGAGCAGCACAGAGAUUACAUUCCAUGACUAGCUCAAUGUCUGCAGCGACAUCCACACACAACGAAGAGGAGGAUUCACCAAUUAUGCGUCGUCGACCAGCCAAACGUAAGAUUUAUGCCAUCUCCGAUGAGGAGGAGAAGCAAGAGGAGCAGGAGCAGCAGGAGGUGAAGAUGCCAGUUCCCGAUACGCAGCUACUUGAUGAUGACAGCUUCGAGCAGGUGCCAGCCACACAAAUCGAUCUGUUGACGCCACCACGGCGCAAUUCUCGGCGGAAACGUGCCAAAUUCAACUCCUUUAUACUGCAAGAGGCGGAUCAGAGUGGCUCCGAUGAGGGCGAAGAUGAAAAUGCGGAGCACACAAUUGGUGGCUAUCUGAAAGACUCUGUCAUUGUAUCCAGUGGGGAGGAGGACCACAAUGACACCAAUGCGCAUGCCAUGUACCUUCAGGCAGUCAGGAGUCCCUUACAGCGUCCUGGUGCAUUCAAGAUUCCUGCUCCGCGUGUUUAUCACGAUGAAUACAUUUACUCACAACCCGUGGAGGAAGAGCCAUCACAAUAUUAUCCCAGCUCUUUCAUUGCAAAUGAUGACAGCUCUGCCCAGGAGGCACACGACAUCUCCGAAUGCCCCUUGGAGCGUGCGGAGCGCAUUUUAAAGGAGCAGCGACGCGAACGACGGAUGCGAAAACGAGGAGGAGCAUCAGCUCCAGCUCUCGCCAUGGUUGUGGCAAAGAGGCGACGUGCCAUCCACACAAUAGACGACUCCAGCGAUGAGGAUAUUAAAUGAUAUUUCAAGCUCCAAUCAAGCUUUAUGUCCAGUGCCAUUAUAUUGUAAAAUAUCUCUCGACUUUCAUUGUGAACACAUUGUUUAUUCCUUUUAAUAAUUUAAAACCGUGUACAGUCUCAGGUUUACAUGCUUAAUUUAUUGCCUAUAUUUAUAACGUACAUUUAAGUUGAAGUACUUUAAUUAUUGUUUUAAUACUUUGGUUUCUAUUUUCGGUGACAGUUCUUUAAAGAAAGCUGUAAGGAGAAAAAAAAAAUGAUCGGUUUAGUGACGUAAUCUUGUACCUCAAAAGUAUUUAAUGUGCCAGAAGUGUAUAACAAUAAUGUAUGAAUGUACCUUUUUUGAUAAUAAUGCAUUUUUAUAAAGUUUUCUAA